AUGGACAAAUUUAUGCAAAGGAAAGAACUAGAACAAUCCGUCCAACAUGUAAGCAACAUCAAUUUAUCAAGAAAGCCAGAAACUGAUAUCAAGAUAGAUCAUGAAUUGCCUUCCACUUCCUAUGACAGUAUCAAUACAGAUAUGCAGUGUAUACAAAAUUACGUCAAACUUACCACCUUGGCCAAAGUUUGUGACCGCUAUGGAUUAUCGGAUAGAGCUGCAGCAGCAGUGGCAACUGCAGUGCUACACGACCUUGGAAUUGUUUUCAAUGCCAAUGCAAAAAACGUAAUAGACAGAAGUAAGCUGAGAAGAGCAAGAGAGCAACCAAGAAAAAGUUUUACGCAAAACUCCUCAGAAACUUUCAAAGCUAUAUACUUUGACGGAAGGAAAGAUAAAACCUUCGUAAUCGAAAAUAUUGAAGGCAAGUACCACAGAAAAACCAUACUCGAAGAACACAUAUCUUUAGUUCAAGGCCGGGCUCUAUAUUUUUAG